AUGAUCGCAAUCGGACGCGCUGCAGCCCAAUCGCGCGGUAAGGCUGCGCCAGUGCGACAAACACUGCAGGGCCAGAAACGGCUAUUCAGCGUCAGCACCGCCAGUGGAAAUGCCGACGGCAAUGGCACGGCGCUGAGCCCGAGAUGGCUUGCAGACUUGCGAAGCCGCAUCGAGGCGUGCCUGGCAGCCAAUCCACAGGGAGAGGAGCGGACGAGGCUGGAGAAGCACCUGGAGUGUGUCGACAGCAACUGGUUAGAGCUGUCGGCCGGCAGAGAGGGCUUUCUGACCGACAAGAGGUGGAGGGGACUGGACAAGUUUGCCGUGGCCUGGGGCGACAUGUUGCCGACUAACCUUGACGACCAGGGCCACGUCAACAACAUCAUGUACAAUCGAUACGCCGAAUCAGGUCGCGUGAACUGGGUCACGUCCUUUGCAGCACACGCACCUCCCGAGGAGCGCCAGCAGUGGGUGGACGUCAUGAGCCCCAGGGGCGUCGGCCUCAUCCUCAGGAGCAUCAAAACCGACUACAAACUUGUGAGUGUGUGUGCUCGGCAUCGCCGCGUUGAGCGGAAGGCGGCCAUGCUGACCGGAGCCAUUGCGCAGCCCGUGGCCUAUCCGGACAAGAUCACAGUCAUCCACAAACUUGCCCAGCGGCCAACCUACUCUUCCGACAGCAUCUUUCUCGACGCGGUGAUUUACUCGGAGAUGCAUAAGCGCGUGGCAGCGCGGUGCUUCGAAGACAUCGUCGCGUACGACUACAGAGCCGGCAAACGAGCGACGCUGAAGGGGUUCAUGGUAGACGAGCUGCAGAAGACAUACGACCUGCAGGAGAAGACCAGGAAGCAAGUGGAUCGGAAGGUCUGCGAGUUGGAGCGAGACAUGAAGGUCAUGGAAGACGAGGCGUGA